AUGCGGAGAAGGAUUCUCCUCUGUCUUGCCGCUCUCACAGUUGCAGUUAGUACCCAGCUGAUACCCAACCAUGUCAGCCUGAACGAGAAAAGAAAACACAUUGAAGUAGACUCCUCUUGGUUGGACAAAAAACAGAAGGAAGUUCAACGAGUAGCCCUCGAUGCGUCGAACAAAGAGAAAGUUGUGUUGGACUUACUAAACACGAACCAACGAUUCAGUGCUUCUUCCGCCGGAAAUAUCGCUGCCGCCGAGACGUUCGAUGGGAAGAGAGCUCAAGUGCAAAAGAUUGGAGAUAAGGGAGGAAUUGCGACAGUUGAUGGUCAUAAAGCCCAACUCCGCACCAAGACUGACGGUGAGGGUGAGCACGCUUUGUUGAAGGCUGAUGGAAAGUACGAGCUUGACACAAUUGCAAAGGGAGAUCUGAAAGGAGACCCAUCUAAAACCGAAUUCGAAGCCAAGAACGAGAGAUUAGACUUCAAGCUGAACCCACACGCACAUAACAAUAAUAGUGGAGAUGGUACAUUGGCAUUCUAUGAUAAGGAAAAAGACAAGAACGGAAAAUAUGCUUACACCAUCGCCCAAAACGGAAAGAAGACCGAUGCCACUCUCUCCGCCGAUAACCUCAUUGGCUCCGAGCUCGAGCAAUCCCUCUUCGGACGCAGAAACAACAAAUACCACUGCACCGCUGAAACCCCAGGAGUCUCUCAGUGUUACGAUGCCAAGGGACACUCUGUUGGAAAAGUAGUUGCUGACAAAAAUGGAAAUACAGUAGUCUACAAUGACAAGGAUGUGCCAAUUGGAACUGGAUCCGUCAAGCAAACUGGACCAAAGUCUUAUGAAGCUGUCAUCUCGAAGAAUCUGUUCAUUGCAAAACUGAAAGACGUUAGAUCUGCACCAUGCUGCAAAGAGCUUACCGGACAGGAGUGCGCUGCACCAAUCAAGUUGGCUAACCCUACUUUCAGUCAUCCAUCCAAUCGAGAAGGUGACGGAACCGUGCAUCUCACUUGGCCAGAUUGCUUCGAUAUGGGAAUUGAUAUCACUCUUCCACCAGGAGUCCAUAUCAAUAAACUCGCCAUGAAAUUGGAUGUCUCCAUUCAACCAAUUGGAAAACUCAGAUGCAUGGAUGUCGCCACUUGUGGAAGAGAGUGUUUCUACUGUGAUUGGUGUAAAGAGUCGAGAAAACUCAAGUUGCUGGAAAACACCGAAGGAAACUUGUGCCGUGCCACCGGAGAGCGUACCUACCGUCUCACCACAAAAUUGUGCCCACCUCCAGAGGACCCUAACUUCACAAUGUGCACCGCAUUCUCUAAAUCCGUUUGGCAGAAGGAUUACUGGCAGAAGCAGGGAGCAGUGGAUGUCUGGAUGAAGUUCUACGAGCGUGGACAAACGAGACCGGAGCUUGAGAAGGAAUUCUUCGCUCAAAUUGACAACCCACUUCUCGGAAAGGCAUUCAAGUUUGCGAUUAUUGGAGAGUGGCUUGCUGCCAACUCACUCGACCAGGGAUCCUACACACCGACUAACUCGGAGCUCUUGGAAUACUGGGUAUCCAAACGUGACCCAGAUCGUCUGUUGGCUUGUCAGCACGCUGUUGUCGACUAUGAUAUCGAGGGAGCUAAGGUCAAGACCAACUUGCUCUUUGAAGCAGCCACCACCGCUAACUCUAUCCCGAAUAUUCUGAAGGAUAAGAAGUGUGGAGCAUUCGAGAAGCUCCAAGAGGACAGAUUCCAGAAGGAAGCGGCGGAUUAUAAGAGAACUUCUGGAGGAGGAAACUUCUUGUCUGGACUCGGAGGAUUCUUGAAUACUGUCAGAGGAUAA